UCGUUUGUAUGCGUCACUGUUACCGUACAGGGACGACGAGUAGUCAGACAUGGCGAACCCUAAAUAGAAAAAAAUGCCAUUUAUUUUGUAAAUAAAUGGACUCUGAAGCGUAGGUCAAAAAGUUACCUCUUUAUAUUUAUAUAUAAAUGGUCCCUCAAAAAUAUUGUUCGUAUCUCUUAGCAUCAGGCACCAAAAGAGCCCUGGUCUGAAAAGAAAUAGAGGGAUUGAUUAAGAUGGCUGAAAUUACUGAAAGAACUCUGGAAACAACACCAACAUGGGCUGUAGCAAUUGUUUGCUUAGUUUUGAUAGUAGUCUCUAUUUUUAUAGAGCAUCUUCUUCAUCUUUUAGCCAAGUAUUUCAAUAAGAAAAGAAGAAAAUCUCUAAUUCAAGCUCUUGACAAGGUCAAAUCAGAAUUGAUGCUGUUGGGAUUCAUAUCAUUGCUCCUAACAGUGGGUGAGAAGCCAAUAGCAAAUAUAUGCAUCUCACAUAGCGUUGCAGAGUCUUUUCUUCCUUGCGAGAGCCUCAUCUCCGAUGAAGAUGAAGAGGAAACCAAGUGUACCGAACAGGGAAAGGUUUCAUUGUUGUCCAGAAAGGGUGUGCAAGAACUACAGUACUUAAUCUUUGUGCUAGCAGUCUUCCAUGUCUUUUCCAUCAUGCUCACCUUCGGUCUUGGAAUGGCCAAGAUGAGGAGGUGGGAGUCCUGGGAAGCAGAGACCAGAACAUUAGAAUAUCAAUUUUCUAACGAUCCACGAAGGUUUCAGCUCACCCAUCAAACCUCAUUUGGAAAGAGGCAUUUGAAAUGUUGGAGCGACCAUCGAUUUCUUCGUUGGCCGGUUUCCUUUAUUAGACAGUUCUACAAAUCAGUGCCCAAAUCGGAUUAUUUAACUCUUAGACAUGGUUUUAUAACGGCCCACUUUGCAGAGGGAAGCGAUUUUGAUUUCCAAAAAUAUAUAAAGAGGGCGUUGGAGAAAGACUUUGGUGUGGUUGUGGGGGUCAGCUGGUGGAUCUGGAUCUGCACUGUAUUUUUUUUAUUCUUCAAUGCACAUGCAUUUUACAAUUAUCUAUGGCUUCCCUUUAUUCCAUUAGUGAUGCUGUUGCUGGUGGGAACAAAGCUGCAAGGAAUUAUAACUAGGAUGUGCGUAGACAGCCAUGAUAAAUCUCAUGUGGUUAGAGGAACUUUGCUUGUGAGGCCUAGUGAUCACUUUUUCUGGUUUGGCUCCCCUAAAUUGCUUCUCCAUCUUAUCAACUACAUACUGUUUCAGAAUUCUUUUCAACUGGCAUUCUUCACGUGGACCUGGUACAAAUUUGGAUUCAGGUCAUGCUUCCACCGUAAAACUGAAGAUAUUGUGAUAAGGCUGGCUAUGGGUGUUGUAGUACAGAUACUGGGUGGCUAUGUAACACUGCCUAUCUAUGCUUUGGUCACACAGAUGGGAACAUCAAUGAGCAAAGCAGUAUUCACAGAGGGAGUGGUGGAAGGACUAAAAAGAUGGAGAGCCAAAGCCAGAAAAAAUGUGGCAAUAAGGAGCCCCAACCGUCCGGCACGGCCUUCGCUAGACACUUCCCUUGAGACUUCAGUGGACACUUCACCUUCCUUCAAUACUCUGGAUGCCUCUUUCUCUGCUGAACAUUAUGCCGCAGUUGAUGUCAGGGAUGAUGAUAUUGAAGAUGAAGAAGCACAUAUAGUAGUGGGACGUCAAAAGGUCGGCUCAUUCCAUGGUUUUGACUUGACCAACAAAUAUUAAUUAUGAAUAUAUAUAUAUAUAUAUAUAUAUGAUGAUAUGGAAAAAGAAAAACAAAAAAAAAAAAUUCAUUAAUGGGCAGCCAAUGUUGAUUGGAAGAGCUAGAGCAGUUUAAUUUUGAGGUCUUUUGGCCAAAAUUAAUCAUGAGAUUGUACAGUUGUGAUAUAUAUUUAUUCUCAUUUUUCAUACAAGAUUUUUUAGGACUUUAAAACAGGUUAAAAUAAAAAUAAAAAUUAUUGUUCAUUGUUUUGUUUAAUGCAUCUGAAAUUGGAAUUUUUCA